AUGUCUCCCCCUGCUGCUAUCUAUGAGCCCUCUGUUGCCCCUACCGAAUUCAAGGGCAAGGUGGUCAUGCCUGAGGUGCUCUCCACCACCCUAACCGCCCAGGGCCAGAGUAAGCUUCUGGAGCAGUUCGGUGGCAAGUGGGAUGAGUUCAAGUUCGCCCCGAUUCGCGAGAGCCAAGUCUCUCGUGCCAUGACUCGACGCUACUUCCAGGACCUGGACAACUACGCCGAGAGUGAUGUCGUCAUCGUCGGCGCUGGUUCCUGUGGCCUCAGCACGGCCUAUGUGUUGGCCAAGGCCCGCCCAGACCUGAAGAUUGCCAUUCUUGAGGCCUCCGUAUCCCCUGGUGGUGGUGCUUGGCUUGGUGGCCAGCUCUUCUCCGCAAUGGUUCUGCGUCGUCCUGCAGACGCCUUCCUCAAUGAACUAGGCGUGCCUUAUGAGGAGGAGCCCACUAACCCCAACUUCGUCGUGGUCAAGCAUGCCGCGCUGUUCACCUCGACUCUGUUGUCGAAGGUGCUGUCCUUCCCCAAUGUCAAGCUGUUCAACGCCACCUGCGUCGAGGACCUGAUCACUCGCCCUGACGGCGAUAGCGUCCGCCUCGCUGGUGUCGUUGUCAACUGGACCCUGGUGACCCUGCACCACGAUGACCACUCGUGUAUGGACCCUAACACCAUCAACGCGCCCAUCAUCGUCAGCACAACCGGCCACGACGGCCCCUUUGGCGCCUUCUGCGCUAAGCGUCUCGUCUCCAUGAACACGAUCGAGAAGCUCGGUGGCAUGCGCGGUCUGGAUAUGAACGCGGCCGAGGAUGCCAUCGUCAAGAACACCCGUGAGGUCGCCAAGGGCCUGAUCAUCGGUGGAAUGGAGCUAUCUGAGAUCGAUGGCUUCAAUCGUAUGGGCCCAACCUUCGGUGCUAUGGUCAUGAGCGGUGUCAAGGCUGCCGAGGAGACUCUGCGCGUCUUCGAAGUCCGCAAGCGCGAGUGUGCCGAGUAG